UUUGAGGGGAAAGGAGAGGGCCCGGCCUGGGGGACUCCAGGGGCCCGAGUUUCAAGUCGUUCUUUUGACUCGAAGGUUUCCUCCUCCCUCUACUGACUCUGCCCGAAAAGGGCGGGGGGGGGGGGGAUAUAAUCUGGGUGUGGCAAAGUACCCGAAGUCGCCGGAGAAAAGAGCUAUCGGAAAAAGGAGGGAAGGGAAAAGCCCCGUCCCUCUGGCCAGGGCGCCGCCUGCCGACCUCAGCAGCCCAGACACCUUCUCGUCCGAAUUGGGUUCUGGGUUCUAGCCUCAGAGUAAUCUCCGAACAUAGAAUAGGGAAGGAAUCCCUUGCGCUGCGACCCCGCCCCGUCACGUGACCACUGCUGGCCCCACUGCUCAGGCAGGCCAAGGGGAAGGAGGCGGAGGAAGGGCUGAGGAGCUCCGCCCCCGCCCCCGGGAUAGCCAGUGGAAAAGGGGGACAGCAAGGGUGAGAGCUGGGGCUGGCGGUGGGAAAUGGUGCUCUCAAAUCUGUUGACUGGGAAAAAACCCAGAACUAUUAAAUAGUCCAAAUCACCCUUUAAUCAAGGGCAGAAGGUUCAGCGCUGGGCGGCCUCGACAGCAGAGUCGAGGAUUGAACUGUGACCCCUGGGAGUGGCACGAUGAGGGGCAGGGAAAGGUGACGGCCAUGACUAGAGCUGCAAAGGAACCGGGAGGGUUCAAAGGACACUGACAGGAUGCAAUCCUGCUGGGGCAAGGAAGCCUAGCUGGAGGCUGCUUCGGCCCAGGAGAGGAUCUUCUUGGGAAAGGCCUGGUACAGUAGGGGAGACACCCAAGGGAAAGAGGGUCCCCAGCAUAUGUUUAGUCCCAGCCAACUAUGGUCAUUCCCCUGACGGUCUGAAACUGCCAGCCUGGGAUUCCCGUGGGAACAGGAAACAAGUACAAACUUUGGGGUCUCCAACCUACAAGCUAGUCCGGAAACUUGGGGUUCAUCAGAUCCCGCCAGGCCACAAGUUUGGGGUUCCUCGAGUCCCUUUUGGUCAAGUCUGGCCGUCCACACAAAUGGACAAAUGGCUAAUAUGUGGAAGAGGCAUGAAGAGAGAAAGGUUUUGAAGGACAAGCCAAGAUGCAAGAGCCGAAGCUGGGGACUGACUUGGCUUGUCAACCAAGAUGAAGAUUCUAAACCGGAAUGUUCCCAGGAGUGGCAGAGAGAGGAGAAGUUGAAACUGGAAGACCUUGAUGGUGAUGUAAAAGAAGAAGGAAGAUCUUAGCUGUUGUCCUCCAUUUAUCGAACUGUUCGUCUUCUCACCUUUGUUACUGGACUAUUUCCAUAACCCUCUCAAAGUCCCUUUAUAGAUUAGGGAAACCCUCAUCCCACUUUCCUCAGUUUCCCACCCUGUUACCCCAAUAAACCCCUUGAUUUGAAAAGGAAAAGAAAAGAAUAUCUUUAUAGUUCACUUGGGGGGAGGGAAGAAGCCAAAGGCUUCAAGAAGAACUGGGAGGAGAGGGUUGGAGAAGGGAGGGAGUGGAAAGGAGGAGGUCAGGGAAGAUACAGUGAUCCCUCAGUGAUCAGUGGGGAUCAGCAGGAAAACACCAGAGCAUCCCCAGAGCAAUUCCUGUGUACCAGCAUCUCUGUGUAUCAGCAUUUCUCAUUCCUACCUCCAUUACAACCAAGCAGUUUCAGGUUCCCUUAACAGCUCUCUCUCGUCACAAGCCAGAGAAUAGCAAUGAUUGCAAGGAGAAACAGUUUCCCUCAGUUUGUUUUCUCUGUUACAACGAGUAGUAGUUUCCCUACAGUUUAAAUUAUUUGAUUUCAAAUGCUACAUGGGAUUGAACUCCAUGGCUAACGGUGGGAAAGCCUUGGGGUACAGGUUCAGGCCAUUGGCAUUUGGGGGCCCCCCCAGUGCCUCUGGUGCAUUGACAUUUGAGCCAGACAGGCAGGCCGUCUGCCUUUGGCAAAAACUAACAAUCAAAACAGGGCCCCAAUUCCCCAAAGCCUGUAAGUCCUUCUAAUGUGGGGGGUCCUGACAGGAUGCCUUCAGCCUCCUCUCCUGCAGACUUCUGUCUUCCUGCAGGAUCCUCCGUUGUACCAGACAGCUUCACUGCUGCUGCAAGAGAAAACGUAAGAGAAAUCCAUAGAUCCGUUCUUUAACAGGACUUGAUCCCCUCUCAAAAUACUUGCUACAAAGAUGACCCACCCAUGCUGCUACCCUUAAAUCUGCCGUCCCAUCUUAGGCAUUCUGGUAAUGGCUUUUCCACACCAACUAUAAAUUAGGUAAACUAUAUACCGAAUCGGAAAGAUCGCCUCCCUCGACCAAAAUAACCAUAUAAAGCAGCUCUACAAAGCACAGAAGUAUAAAGGCAAAAAUAAAAUCCCCAUCGCAGGCUGUUCAGGCCUUUGUGAAUCUGAAAAUGGCUUUUCCUCCUGGCCAAAAUUAAACUACUGUCUAGUGCCAAGUAAAACUCUAACCAGAUAUUCUUUCGCACCCCCAAACCACAGGAAAAUGACUGCAUGGCAAUUUCAGCCUCAAAACAAUUUUAAAAGUCAAAUUUCAGUUUCAGUAUUGAAGUGAACUCGCCCAAUUCUCAAGAUAAAAAAUGCUUCUCAGUUUCCUUCCUUUGAAAACCUCUAAAUACGUGCUGAUUUCACGAACUGUUUUCAUUCCCCUUUAACUACUUCACAAAACGUGCACUUAAACAGCUUAAGGCUUUUUACUUCUAUGAACUAUUAGGGGAGUAUGAAAAAAUGUUGCCACUGAGUCAGCUAAUGUAGAGUCUGUAGAUAAAAAUGAUUGUUAAACGAAUUCUUCUGAUUUGACUGAGUUCUAGCUUUAACCAAAUUAGUUUUGGGUCCACAUUUCAUUUUCCUGAGUACUUAUUCAUUGGCAAUGAGGGCUCAUUUACCUUUGAACUUAGGCCUAGUCUAGAGGUGAUUUCCUUAGUAUUCCUAGGCACAAAGGCUUUCUCUAAUCUCAUUGUUUCCUGCCUCCAAGCUCCAAAAUGUAUAAACUUGACUGGUACUGGGGAGCCAUUCAGUGUUCUAUCAGAACCGUGUUUCUCAAAAAAUGCUGCUUAGAAUGUAUUCUUUAUGUGUAAGGCUUCCCCCCCUUUUGGGCACCGAUAUUUUGCCAGCUUCCUUUUAAGAAAAGGGACCCCUUUGAAUUUGCUUCCUCAUGCAUAACGGCUAAACUUUUCCAUCUAGCUUCACAAUGUCCAUAUUCCAGGUCCUUCCUUCCUGAGGCUUCCUUCAUCCUACAGACAAUUUGCUAUUAGCAGGAGGAAAGUGGGAAGUCACUUGAGAUGAGGGAGAAAAGCUUCCGUAAUUUGGAUUCAUGCCAGCGUAAAUUGGCCAUGAUCUGCCGUCAGGUGUGGAACUUGGCAGAAACUUCGCCCUUGUGGCUGUAUCAGUAGCCCGUUUCCCCCAGAGCAUCUCUUUUCCCAAUGAUCUUCCCAUCCAAUUCCCCCUUAGAUGGCCACUCUCCAGCCAGGCUCUGUUAUUAACAGUUCUUUUAGGCUCCGCCAUUCUUUCCUACCUUCAGACAACCCAGCUCUCUGGAAUCUCUGCUGCAACUUCUCAAGUGAGCAGAUGCGACCUUCGAACCCCUUUACAAGGUAAAAUGCGCCUCCUUAAACUUCUACUUCAACUAAACUUGCGGAAUAGCUCUGUUCUUUCUAGUUUUCCCUUAUCUGGAAAGGAGAGGCAGCUGGAAGGGGAGCAGGGGAGCCGGCAGGACCUGGGCAGAGAGGCAGGAAGACCUCAGUUCAAAUCUGGCCACAAAGAGUGUGUAACGCGGCUCAGAUUGGAGGUACAGAAGGGAGACGUGGAAGGAUAGAAGAGGGUGAGGGUCACCCUAAGGUACAGGGAAUCAUGGGCAGCGCAGAGGCCUCUGGGAAACAGGAAGUCAAGAUCCUGCUCAGCCCUCUUCCUCCACUUCCAAAGAUUUUCCUGCUGGGGCUUGUUAGGGGGGUUUGUGGUCCAUACUCACCCCACCCGCCUGGGUAGUGUGGCCAGCAGUGGCCAGGUGAGGCAGGCCGGCACAUUUCCCUUCCCCCACAGGUGUCUAAAACCUCGGGAUGUCCUCGACGGCUCCGGACAGGACUCGGCCCCAGGGAUUCCCUUCCUAAUUCAGUUUACUGAGCAAGAGCCAGUAUAGGAGCCUCCAGAGAAUUCCUCAGAGGACCAAGAAGAUGCUUUCCCAGGCCUUUGUUGCGGGGUAACCUGGGCGGGGAAACAUUUGAGGACAGGGGCGUGGUCAGAGACAGCGGCCCGAGAGGGGCGGGGCUUUCUCCUUUCUUCCGUUGACUCUUUUUUUCCGCGGACCCCCAGUAGGUCACACUCCUCAGGCCUGGUUUAGGAGACUAACCCUAACCCUCGGCCACGCCCACAUUCUUUCACUUGGCGCCUUCCCCAUCCUGCCCCGGAUGCACAGCCAUGGGCAGUGCAGAGGCCUCUGGGAGGCAGGAAGCCGGAAGCCAAGGUUGUGCCCAGCACACCCCGCCUGCUCCGCUUCCAAAGAUUUUCCUGCCUUGCCUCUGUAACCCCCGCGAAAGAUUGGUUCAGGCUUCCACGUUCUGGGAAGGAGACAAGACCAGAUCCUGCUCACCUUAGGGAGCUCUGAGUUCUUGGUUUGACCUCUGGGAGAUUCAGGCAGAGGAUUAAUUCAGAUGGCUCAAGGAAAUGGCAAAGAGCUCCUGUCUCUGCCCAGAAAACCCCAAAGCAGGGAAAGAAGAGUUACCAAAGCAAGAACAGGGAGCCUGGAGUCCCAGGGAAUGGCCUUGGAGAGGGACAGACUCCCAGCCCAGGAGGUGGUGACAUUCAGGGAUGUGGCUGUGGACUUCACCCAGGCGGAGUGGGCCCUCUUGGCCCCUCCCCAGAAGGAGCUGUACAAGGAGGUGAUGCAGGAGAAUGCCCAGAACCUGCUCUCUGUGGGGCUUGCCGUUCCCAGAGAUGUGAUCUCUUACGUGGAGCCAAGGGAAGCCCCGUGGCUGCUGGAGCAGGAAGGCCUGAGGAGCUGCCGUCCAGGAGAGGUCAGACCUGAAAUGACAGUGACUCCAACCGAUGCGAGCCUUUUUGUGGAAGAAAGUGACCAACAAAGAUUCAUGAGUGAUGGUCCCAAUAAAUUACCUUGGAGAGAAUUCUCUGUUGGAUCUCAAAAUUCAUCCCUUAUUGAACAUCAAAGAAUGCACACUGAGCAAAAAUCUAGUGAAUGUAAUCAGUGUGGAAAGAAUUUUAUGCACAGGGCCUGUCUUGUUGGACAUCAGAUAAUCCACAAUGGGGAGAAGCCUUAUGAAUGCAAGCAAUGUGGAAAGCCAUUCAGAUACAGCUACUCUCUUGCUCUACAUCAGAGAAUCCACAGUGGGGAGAAACCUUAUGAAUGCAAGCAAUGUAGAAAGACAUUCAGUGGGAUCCUCAGUCUUGUUCUACAUCAGAGAAUGCACACUGGGGAGAAACCUUAUGAAUGCAAACAAUGUGGAAAGACAUUCAUUUGGAGAGCCAGUCUUGUCCAACAUCAGAGAAUACACACAGAGAAGCUUUAUCAAUGCAAGCAAUGUAGAAAGACAUUCAGUGGGAUCCUCAGUCUUGUUCUACAUCAGAGAAUCCACACUGGGGAGAAACCUUAUGAAUGUAAGCACUGUGGAAAGACAUUCAGUCAGAGCUCCCUUCUUGUUCGACAUCAGAGAAUCCACACUGGGGAGAAACCUUAUGAAUGUAAGCACUGUGGAAAGACAUUCAGUCAGAGCUCCCUUCAUGUUCGACAUCAGAGAAUCCACACUGGGGAGAAACCUUAUGAAUGUAAGCAAUGUAAAAAGACAUUCAGUCAGAGCUCCCUUCUUGUUCAGCAUCAGAGAAUCCACAGUGGGGAGAAACCCUAUGAAUGCAGGCAAUGUGGAAAGGCAUUCAAUAGGAUCUCUAAUCUUACUAUACAUAAGAGAAUCCACACUGGGGAGAAACCUUAUGAGUGCAAGCAAUGUGGAAAGGCAUUUGGUAGGAUCUCUAGUCUUGCUAUACAUGAGAGAAUGCACACUGGAGAGAAACCUUAUGAAUGCAAGCAAUGUGGAAAGGCAUUCAGUCAGAACGUCUCUCUUGCAGCACAUCAGAGAAUUCAUACUGGAGAGAGACCUUAUGAAUGCAAGCAAUGUGGAAAGACAUUCAGUAGGAUCACUUAUCUUGCUAUACAUCAGCGAAUGCACACUGGGGAGAAACCUUAUGAAUGCAAGCAAUGUGGAAAGGCAUUCACAUGGAGAGCCAGUCUUAUUCGACAUCAGAGAAUUCACACAGAGAAGCCUUAUCAAUGUAAGCAAUGUGGAAAGGCAUUCAUUAGGAUCCCUAGUCUUGCCAAACAUCAGAGAAUCCACACUGGGGAGAAACCUUAUGAAUGUAAGCAUUGUGGAAAGACAUUCAUUCAGAGCUCCCUUCUUGUUCGACAUCAGAGAAUCCACACUAGGGAGAAAUCUUAUGAAUGUAAGCAAUGUGGAAAGGCAUUCAGUUAUAGCUCCUUUCUUGUUCGACAUCAGAGAAGCCACACUUAUGAGUGUAAGCAAUGUGGAAAGGCAUUCAGUAGACUCCAUAAUCUUGCUAUACAUCAGAGAAUCCACACUGGGGAGAAACCUUAUGAAUGUAAGCAAUGUGGAAAGACAUUCCGUUAUAGCUCCCGUCUUGUUCAACAUCAGAGAAUCCAUACUGGGGAGAAACAUUAUAAAUGCAAGCAAUGUGGAAAGGCAUUCAGUUAUAGCUCCCAUCUUGUUCGACAUCAGAGAAGCCACACUGGGGAGAAACCUUAUGAAUGCAAGCAAUGUGGAAAGGCAUUCAGUAGUAUCCAUAAUCUUGCUAUACAUCAGAGAAUCCACACUGGGGAGAAGCCUUAUGAGUGCAAGCAAUGUGGAAAGGCAUUCAGUAGGCUCCCUAGUCUUGCUAUACAUCAGAGAAUCCACACUGGGGAGAAACCAUAUGAAUGCAAGCAAUGUGGAAAGACAUUCACUCAGAACUCCUCUCUUAAAGCACAUCAGAGAAUCCAUACUGGGGAGAGACCUUAUGAGUGCAAGCAAUGUGGAAAGACAUUCAGUAGGAUCCCUAGUCUUGCUAUACAUCAGAGAAUCCACACUGGGGAGAGACCUUAUGAAUGCAAGCAAUGUGGAAAGACAUUCAUAAACAGGCCUGGUCUUAUAGUACAUCAGAGAAUCCACACUGGGGAGAAGCCUUAUGAAUGCAAGCAAUGUGGAAAGACAUUCAUAAACAGUUCUGGUCUUACAGUGCAUGAGAGAAUCCACACUGGGGAGAAACCUUAUGAAUGCAAGCAAUGUGGAAAGACAUUCAUAAACAGUUCUGGUCUUACAGUGCAUGAGAGAAUCCACACUGGGGAGGAACCUUAUGAAUGCAAGCAGUGUGGAAAGACAUUCAAAAGCAGUUCUGCUCUUGCUCGACAUCAGAGAACUCACACUGGGGAGAAACUUUAUGAAUGUACUUAAUGUGUAAAGACAUUCAGUCAGAGUACCAGUCUUGCAGUACAUCACAAAGUACACACUGUGGAGUGUAUAAUUGAAAAUAUAUUACCCUAAAGAGAACUACAUUUCCCAGGAGCCCACUGACUUCCUGUCCUUACAUACUUCUUAUAGAUAGGGGAUAUUAGGCAGGGACGUGGAAGGUCCCAGGUCUUUACUUCCUGUCCUGAGCUUGGUGGUGGUAAGGCAAGUGUUUGAACUGGCUGAUCAGCCAUGGGCACACAUUCUUUAUUCCUUGAUUUCUAAUGAUCAUUAAUGAAUCUCUUAAAAUAUUUUUAUUAGAUUUAAUUUUUACAUUUGGUGACAAAAAGGGACAAGAAACUCAAUUUUUUAAAGAUAGCCUAGAUAAUUUUUAAAGCCACGUUUCUCCUGCCAAGACCUUUUUGCCCACCCCACCCACCCUUGAACACUCCAACUCUUUUUGGAGCUUCUGCAUUUUUCUUUUCCUACUUUUUGCCUGGUUGCUUGCUUUCCCUACUGACCAGGCUAUUUUUAGCUGGGGGACUCUUGGUGAAGAAGAGAUAAACCACUUCUCUUGCCCAACUACUUGAGUCUGUUCCUCAUUCCUCCUGUAAAGGAUAAUUUUAGCGUUAUAACCUAAAUUAUACCAAUUCUUGGUUGCCUUGGAUAUCUCAAAACAAUAAAACAAAAAUAUCCAAGUCAGUCUGAAAUUUUAUGGUGAUUGAAUUAAUAUAGUGGGAAGAAAUUAGGAAGAAGGGAGAAGGAAAGGGUAUAGGAUUUUUUUCCCUCCUGGCUCAUACUGGGCAGGAAGAUUAGGGGAUCUAGAAAGUAUGUGUUUGGAGUGUGAAAGAGGAAGGAAUCAACCUGUACUCCAAGAGGGCUCAGACAAGAUGCCUGAACCUGAAUUAGCUCAAGGGAAAACUCACCGCCAAAACCCAGACAAAUAGCUGCCAGCAUGCCAAGAUGUCAGAAUGCUUAGCAUGUUGCCAGCCAGAGACGUCUCUCUGGGAAAAGAGCCCGAAGAGAGCAAGUAACUUGUCCUAUAUAGACGGUUUUAUGUCACUUUCCUGCAUCUCAUUUGUACCAAUGUUAGCUUAGCUUGGCUUAGGACAGCCCAGGGGUCUGGCCACUGUUUCUGCACAUAUCUGUUGAAGGCCAUUUUCUCAAAUACUUAUAUGGUGCAGACAUUCCUGACCUUCUUAAACUAAGUAUGGUGGAGAAUGUAGAGUUCCCAAGACUUGGUUCUCUUAAACCAAGUAUCUCCAUUGUUACUAAUCAGGAGAUAGCUAAAUCAGAUGUUCUAAAGUACGAUCUGAGUAGGGUGGAGUAGUUUUGAAAUUCACAGUUCCUCAUCUCUUGCUGCUGAUACUGUUUGCUCCAGCCUCUUACCCUAAUCGCUCAUCUGGCUCUCAGUCCCAGGCCCCCCAGCAGCUCUACUCCUAAAACUGACCUCUGAACAGACCUGGAACCCUACUGCUGUUGCUGAUUGCUGCCACCAAGAAACUAGGAGCCAGGGCAUAUGGUAAAAAACUGGGGUGUUCUUUCCUUAGGCAACAAUUAGCCUCCAGGUGGCAGGGUACCUGGGGUGGUGGUGAUAGAAGACGAUGAGAAGGAAGAGACUUCCAAACAUGAAGUUGAUUACAAGCAUGGCAUAUUUUAUGAGAGAGCAGUGCAUUGCCUAUUUCAAACAGCUUCCAGCUUUAGGAUGCUUUUUUCAUGAGUACACUGAUCCUUUUACUUUUCUUCCCUGAGAUUCAGGCUCUAAGAUUCAUUCAAUUUGGGAUUCCUUCUCAGCAAGGAGUUCUCCCUCACUAUGGGAGACCCAAGAGCACUGAUAAUAGGGAUCUGAAUGGAUAGAAAAAGGAACUUUAUCUUUGUGUGAGAACAAUUAUUCUAUUUGGUCUUUCUUUUCCCCCUAUUUACACAUUACAUUUUCCCCACAUGUUAGUAUACAUAGAUUGAUAUAAAUGUAGUCCUUAUAGAAGAGAGUUUGAGUAAAAGAAGAUAACAUUUUUCUCCUUUUCCCUUUCCUUCAUAUUUACCUUUUCAGGUAUUCCAUGCUCUUUGAUUUUUGAUAUCAAACUUUCCACAGAACUCUGGUCUUUUCAUUGCAAAAAGUUGGAAAUCUUCUAUUUUGUUGAAUGCCCAUACUUUCCCUUGGAAGUAUAUAGUCACUUUUGCUGGAUAGCUGAUUCUUGGUUGAAGACCCAGCUCUCUUGCCUUUCUGAAGAUCAUGUUCCAUGCCUUACGAUCAUUUAGAGUAGAACUUGCAAGGUCUUGUGUGACCCUGAUUGGCAUUCCUUUAUAUCUAAAUUGUCUUUUUCUGGCUUCUUGCAGGAUUUUUUUCUUUUGUUUGAGAGCUUUGGAAUUUGGCAAUUACAUUCCUGGGAGUUGUCUUUUGGGGGUUUAGUGUAGAGGGUGUUCUGUGAGCUCUGUCAGUGGCUGAAUUGCCCCCUUGUUCUAGAAUCUCUGGGCAAUUUUCUUUGAUUAUCUCUUGUAUUACGAUGUUGAGUUUGCUGUUUAUUUCUGGCUUUUCUGGAAGUCUAAUUAUUCUUAAAUUAUCUCUUCUCCCUCUAUUUUCAAAAUCCGUCACUUUGUCAGUGAGAUAUUUUAUGUUCUCUUCUAAUUUCUUGGUCUUUUGGCUUUGCUUUAUUAGUUCUUGCUUUAAAGCCUGGUUUUCUUUUACAGUUUGAUCAAACUGGUUUUGUAGAUGCAUGAAUUUCUUUUGCAUUAUUUCCCACUUUUCCUCCCAGAAGGCUUCCAUCUUUUUGAUCAUUUCCGAUUCAAAUUCUUCAUGGGUUUGUGGAGAGUUUCCAUUUCCUUUGGAAGGUUUCGGAGCACUUGCUUGUGUUUCCUCUUCUAUCUCCUCUGUGUUUUGUAUUUUUGCUCCAUAAAAUGUGUCCAAAGUUGCCCCCUUCUUCUUGUUUUUUUUUUUUUUUAAUUUUGGGACUUUUGUGUUUCUGUGGAGUUUGCCAUCUCUAUCUGAGUGGGGGGGGGGUUAGCUUUUCUUAUCUCUGUCUGGUGUUCUGAGGUUUUAGCCCUAGGCAGAUUGUCCGUUCUAUGCAGUUGUUGUUCUGUCUUCCUGGGAAGCCAGGAGUUGCUGGUGUGUCCCUGUUACUGCCCUCCUCUCCUCGGCACCCUCCUGAUGCUUCUCCUUUGCCUUACUUCUACACUCUAAGCCUAGCUUGGCCCUUGUUCCUGUGCCUUAGACGGCCAGCACCUUCACUCUGCUGGGGGAGGGGCCGCGGCUUCCCGGAGCUCUGAGGGCUCCUAAUGAGAUUAGCUUUCCCUGGGUUGAAUUUAGUAUGCCUUGAGGCAGGGACUUUUUUCGUGAGACUCCGAUGGAAGGAUCCAGCCAUGGGGUUACAAGCUCCCCCCCCCCCCCCCCGUUUCCCUGCUGUCUGGGUGCCCCCUCGACUGGGUUAGGUUCUUUUCAGGAUGUGGCCUUCAGAAUAGCUGGCUCCCAAGGUCCUUUUGCCAGUCCUGAGGGUUGCUGUUCUUUCAGAAGACCCUGCUCUCUGAGGGGGAGGGGCCGAGGCUUCCCUGAGCUCAGGGCAAGAGCUCCUGAUAAGAAGAUUAGCUUUCCCUGGGUUGAAUUGAGUGUGCCCUGAGGCAGGGACUUGAGACUUGGAUGGAGGGAUCCAGCCAGGGGGUUACAAGCUCCCCCUGUCUCUCUGUUUCCCUGCUGUCUGGGUGCCCCCUGGACUGGGUUAGGUUGUUUUCAGGAUGUGGCCUUCAGAAUAGCCGGCUCUCGAGGCCCUUUUGCCAGUCCUGAGGGUUGCUGUUGUUUCAGAAGACCCUGCUCUCUGAGGGGGAGGGGCCGCGGCUUCCCAGGGCUCCGAGGGCUCCUCCCAGGAGGUUACGAGCUCCCCCUGUCUCUCUGUUUCCCUGCUGUCUGGGUGCCCCCUCGACUGGGUUAGGUUGUUUUCAGGAAGUGGCCUUCAGAAUAGCAGGCUGUGGGGCUCUGAGGUUGCCUCUGCUGCCUCGGACUUGGACUCGGUGCUCUGGGUUGGGGGGGAUGGGUCCUAGGACCUUCCUUCUGCCUCCCCCUUAGGUCCGAGUGGUCUCGGGUUCUGGCUUUUGGGGUGGGGCGUACCUUUUGAUCCAGGUCCAGGUCCAGGAGGAGGACUCCCGGGGUCUAUGCUGUUAAUCGUUUUGAAUUUCGGUGCCCUAGGAGCAUUCAGUUUGAGAUCGGUAAGGAAGGGUUUCAGGAGAUCUGAACUUUAGCUUUCUCUAAGCCGCCAUCUUGACCCGAAAAAGGAACUUUAAAGAGAUUGGAUGUUAUAAUUUAAAGACUUUUCAGACUCCAAUGUUUUAUAAAAGCCUCUGCAUUUUAUUGUAUUUUGCUGAUUGUUUUAAGAUUUAGUUUUGUUGUUUUAAGUUCACAUAUCAAUGUAUUUGAUACUGUUCUGUUACACUGAAACAUUUUCAUCUACUGUGUUUUAAGUAUUAGAUACAUUCUGUUACCUUUCUCCUAUGGCUACUGAACAAAAUAUUAUAAAAUAUUUUAAAAGCCCAUAAA